CGCGCGGUGUCAGGCGCGGCCGGGCGGCCUCCCGCCGCCGCUCGCCCCGCCUUCCCCCCGCCCCGGCCGCUGCCCGAAUCAGUGGGAGGAAGAUGGCGGCGCUCAUCCCCCUCAGCCAGCAGUUUUCUACUGGGAAUCCGUUAUAUGAAACCUAUUACAAACAGGUAGAUCCAACGUACACAGGGAGAGUCGGGGCAAGUGAAGCUGCGCUUUUUCUUAAAAAAUCCGGUCUCUCUGAUAUUAUCCUUGGAAAAAUAUGGGAUUUGGCUGACCCAGAGGGUAAGGGAUACUUGGAUAAACAGGGUUUCUAUGUCGCGUUGCGCCUGGUAGCAUGUGCACAGAAUGGCCAUGAUGUUAACCUGAGCAGUCUGAACUUGACUGUGCCACCUCCCAAAUUUCAUGACACUAGCAGUCCUUUGCUGAUGACACCACCUUCAACAGAGGCUCACUGGGCUGUUAGGGUGGAAGAAAAAGCAAAGUUUGAUGGUAUUUUUGAAAGCCUUUUGCCAGUAAAUGGUUUACUUUCAGGAGACAAAGUAAAACCAGUACUGAUGAAUUCAAAGCUACCUCUUGAUAUCCUAGGAAGGGUCUGGGAUCUCAGUGAUAUUGAUAAAGAUGGUCACCUGGACAAGGAUGAGUUUGCUGUGGCAAUGCAUUUGGUUUAUAGAGCUCUUGAGAAAGAGCCAGUUCCUUCACUAUUACCCCCUUCUCUCAUACCACCUUCUAAAAGAAAGAAGACACCUGUCUUUCCUGGGGCGGUUCCUGUUCUUCCUGCAAGUCCUCCACCAAAAGACAGUCUCCGCUCUACCCCGUCUCAUGGUAGUGUCAACAGUCUGAACAGCACAGGGAGUUUGUCUCCUAAACACAGCAUCAAACAGGCACAGCCAUCUGUGAAUUGGGUAGUACCAAUGUCUGAAAAAGCGCGAUACGAUGAAAUUUUCUUAAAAACGGACACAGACAUGGAUGGGUUUGUGAGUGGCCAAGAAGUAAAGGACAUUUUUAUGCAUUCAGGUCUGUCUCAGAAUCUCCUAGCACAUAUAUGGGCUUUGGCAGACACAAGACAGAUGGGAAAGCUGAGCAAAGAUCAGUUUGCACUAGCCAUGUAUCUCAUUCAACAGAAGGUCAGUAAAGGGAUUGAUCCUCCACAAGUGCUGUCCCCAGAUAUGAUCCCUCCCACAGAGAGGAACACUCCCAUACAGACUCUGUCAGGUUACUUGACCCCUGUAGGAACUGAGAUCUCAGCACUAACAGAAAUGCGUCGUGAUAGCUCAAGUUCUGUUGGAUCAGGAGAAUUUACAGGAGUGAAGGAACUGGAUGAUAUCAGUCAGGAAAUUGCACAGCUGCAGAGAGAAAAAUAUUCACUGGAGCAGGACAUCAGAGAAAAGGAAGAGUCAAUCAGACAGAAAACCAAUGAAGUUCAGGAACUGCAAAAUGAUUUGGACAGAGAGACAAGUAACUUGCAAGAACUAGAGGCUCAGAAACAAGAUGCCCAAGACCGGCUGGAUGAAAUGGACCAGCAGAAAGCCAAACUGAAAGACAUGCUGAAUGAUGUAAGGCAGAAAUGCCAGGAAGAAACACAGGUGGUGAGUAUUUCAUCACUAAAAAUGCAGAUUCAAUCUCAGGAAUCAGAUUUAAAAUUGCAGGAAGAUGACCUUAAUAGAGCAAAAGCAGAGCUGAAUCGGCUCCAGCAGGAAGAGACUCAGCUAGAGCAGAGCAUCCAGGCUGGGAAAGUGCAGCUGGAAACAAUAAUCAAAUCUUUAAGAUCAACACAGGAAGAAAUUAACCAGGCAAGAAGUAAACUUUCUCAACUUCAAGAGAGCCAUCAAGAAGUCAAUAAGAGUAUAGAAGAGUAUAACGAAGCUCUCAAUGGGAUUCACGGUGGCAGCCUGACGAAUUUAGCAGACAUAAGCGAAGGCGUUGGGCAGACGGAAAGAAACAAUUAUGGAACGAUGGAUGAUCCAUUUAAGAAUAAAGCCUUGAUGUUUACCAAUAAUACCCAAGAAUUGCAUACAGACCCAUUCCAGUCAGAAGAUCCCUUCAAAUCCGAUCCGUUUAAGGGAGCGGACCCUUUCAAAGGCAGUGACCCAUUCCAGCAUGAUCCUUUUGCAGAACAGCCACCUGCUCCAGCAGAUCCAUUUGGAGGUGAUCCAUUUAAGGAAAGUGACCCAUUUCGGAGUUCUGCCCCUGAGGAUUUCUUCAAGAAACCGGUGAAGAGUGACCCAUUUACCUCAGAUCCAUUCACAAAACCCCCUGCUUUACCCUCAAAGCCUGACCCUUUUGAAAGCAGCGACCCUUUUACGUCUUCCAGUAUCUCUUCGAAAGGUCCAGAUCCAUUUGGAACGCUGGAUCCAUUUGGAAGUGGUGCUUUCAGUAGUGGCGAGGGAUUUGCAGACUUCAGUCAGAUGUCAAAGUCAGCAGCUUCAGACCCCUUCGCCUCCUCUUUUGGAGGGGUGGGAUUCUCAGAUGACCCUUUCAAAAGCAAAUCAGACACACCAGCGUUGCCACCGAAGAAAAAUGUCCCUCCACGACCCAAGCCACCCAGUGGUAAAAGUACUCCUGUAAGCCACCUGGGGUCUUCAGAUUUUCCCAAGCCCCAUGAUCCAUUCCAGCCAUUUGGGGCUGACAGCAGUGACCCGUUUCAAAGUAAAAAGGGGUUUGGGGACCCAUUUAGUGGAAAAGAUCCAUUUGCUCCCUCCUCUUCAAGUAAAACUUCUAAAGACUCUUCCUUGGGGUUUGCAGACUUCAGCUCUUUUGGAAAUGAAGAGCAGCAGCUGGCGUGGGCAAAGCGAGAGAGUGAAAAAGCAGAGCAAGAAAGACUCGCUCGGUUGCGGAGACAAGAGCAAGAAGACCUGGAGCUGGCUAUUGCCCUCAGUAAGGCUGACAUGCCAAACUCCUAAAUGCAGGUUCUCUGCCUCCACCCUGUCCGAGUGAAACCUUUACCCGUGGCUUUUAUAAAAAUAACUAAAUCCUUGGUUUAUGUUGUGCAAAAAUUUUAGUCACCUUCAACUCUAAAGGAGACUGGCUGGUUACGUCAAACUGGGCUCUCUGUGGCUUUUCAAAGUGCAUCAUAUGCAGGAAACACUGUAUAAGCUGUAUUAUAUGUUCUAGAUAAAAAUUUAUUGCUUGUAAGAAAUUUAACAUAUGAUCCUAAGAUACUGAAAGCAAAGUUUCUUUAUCUAGAAGACAAUGUUGCAUAUAGUAAACUGCAACUUGUGAAUCUGGCUUUUUAUUACCCGAAUUCCAUUGAUUUUUUUGAGGCUGCAGUAUGAAUUUCGAAGAAAAUGUCAUAAAAAGAUAAUAUUUCUAGGAUUAGCUUUCACUCGUUACGUUUAUUUAAUAAUUCACAGUAGGCUAAUCAGUAUGUCAUCUGCAUCAUCUAUGCCAAGUCUUCAGCAUAAAUCCAUUAUUAGAUGGUCCCUUUUUAUCCAGGAGAUGAGGCUUUUAUAAAAGCAUCUGACAAUUUCUAUAUGAUGAAUACAAAAUAGUGAACUGUGUAAAAAUAUUACAAAUUCAAAGCCUCGAUGAAUGAGUAGUUCAGAUUUAAACACUUGCUUGCAUUGAGUUUUAAUAAUUAAAUGUGAUGCUGUAAAAGAGGGAGUUCAUUCAGUUGUAGUAGAUUGGACAAAUAAUUUGGCAGUUAAAUCAUUAGGUAAAAUCAUAAAAUCUUGCUUUCUCUCUUAAGCAAACGCGAUGGCAGGACUGGGAUACCAGCCUGAGUGCUGCUGUUGGGUCAAAAAAAGCGAUGGAGAAGUCAGGGUUUGAGCAGUGUUUGUCCCCACAGCUCCUCGGACCUUCUUUUGCUCCAACCACCAGAACGUAGACCCUCUUCUUUGUGUUCCCCCAUUGACUGUGGGAGAGUCUUUACCUCUAUUUCUUGUAUUCCACCCACCUUCUAUUUCUGGGGUUACAGAUCAAACGUAAUUUAGCUGAAAUAAGGCCAAGCUCAAACAGAUUUUGCCAAAUUACACGUUCAGGUGUAAGUUCUGGAAGUGCUGGUGGCUGGGAUUGGCUUUGGACCACGGCUUGUGGUUGUGAGCCCAGGUAGGAACAGAUUUUAUAUAUCCCUGCAGAACUCUGUGCUUCCACCUGGUCAGGAUAACACAGAGCGUGUUUUACACCUCAUCUAUACAAUGAGUCCUUACGAUAAAUCUGUGAAUUAUUUACUUACUAAAAAUGCCUUUUCUGAUUACAGGAAUUCUAAAACUUCAGUUGUCUUUGCCUUGGACUUUUAUGGCUACAUAGAAUAGGCAUCUAGCCCAAAAAUUUUAAAAAUGUCUUUAAUGUAUAUCUGCUUUCCUAUCCCUGGCUCUGUAGGAAUACAAAGCUUAACAGUCUGAUGCAGCCCUUAUCUUAAAACGUUUUCUCUAUUUUUUUUGAAAAUGUGGUAUUCCUUCACCAUCUUUAAUAUUUUUUUAUGUCCUCGCAUCCUUACUUUUAUUUUUCAUAAUACAAAGAUAGUGCCUGUUCACUGCUUGAAAACAAUCUUUCCCCGUUCUGUUGUAAUUGCCUUAUUCUGGAAGCUUCCCUCACACAGAGAUGAGAAUCAGAUUGGGUCAUUUUCAUCUUCUUAGUAGUUUUUCAGCUCUGAAGGGCAGCUCCGAUGUGGCAUUUGUUGUCUCAGGCUCUUGUGAGUAGGUGUGUGGGCGAGUGCCCAGGUGUGUCUGUGCACACACACACACACACACACAGCUCUCCAGCUCCACGCGCAGCAAUAAAUACAAAAAAAAUGAACCCCCCCAUCUCAAAAUGCAGUUUUGGGAGUCACAACUCCUCUGCUAAUGGUACUUCAAAUAGUGUGAAUCUUUAAUUGCCCUCAGAAGGGAAGGUGAUGCAUUCUAGUAUCAAACCUAAGCAUAUAAUUAUCUUUAAUACUGUCUUUUGAUGACCCCUUUGGAAUGCAGUAGAAGAUACUCCUAAUUUUAUGGAACCUGAUUUGAAAUCCCAUUGUGGUCAUUUUUCUCUAAAAUACAUUAGAUUUUAUGAUGGAACAUACUAAAAUGCCACUGAAUUCUCUUUUCUCUUGGGGUACAGGACUUGAAGUCUCUGAGAGCAAACUUGGGUCUGUCUCUAGCUAACGUGAGAGAAAACUUUUGCUAUAAAAGAGCAAUUUUCAAAACUGAGCAGCUGCAGGAUCCUCAGUGAAGUUAAAAGUUGUACCCACGUGUGAGCUUCUCCUUUUCCUUUCCAUUUGGGCCUGAGUCCUUGUGGUGUCUCUUCUGCUACAAUAACACCCACCCCCCACCCCCCAAUUCAUGUGUAGUGCCAUUUGAGAAAGGAAAACCACUUUUGGACGACUGCUGGGGUGAUGUCACUCCAGUGGGACGGGGUGGAUGAGCUAAAUAGCUUGAUUCAUUUUCUGAGUUCUGUACCAUAACAAGACUUUCUGCUACUUUGCCAGUGCUCGAAAACACUGUAAUGCAUAACCCUUCGAAGGCAACGAGUUGUUGUUUUCAGCAGGAAGCCAGAAAUGUGAAUUAAUCUAACAUUCCGUAUAGUGGUAGAACUAAUUGCUCAUUUUCCUAUUUCCUUAUUGACUCAUUCUUUGUAUUUGCUUGGACAGUAACAGAAGAGCAAGCAAAUGAUCAAGGACAGAACCCGUUCUCUCUGCACAGCGUAGUGGAUUUAGUGACUUUAGGUUGAUUGAAACACUCGAUGCAAAAUUUUAGACACUGCAGUAGAAGAAUCAACUUAGCUAUGAUUUCUCUCCAUUGUACCUAGUAGAGUUUUCCAUCUAAAAAGGAAGAUUAUCCACGUUCUUCCCUUCUGCUCCUAACUCAGUGGUUUGUACAAUACCUGCACUUGUUCUUCUCAAACCAAACACUCUUUUCCCAAAGCGUCGAUCUUCUUCUUCCUCCAGAACAGUGAAAUUUAAAGCACAAAUAGGCCUGUCGCUAUUUGGGCAGAGAAACUAUGUACAAUGCAAGAUAUAUAAAAUGUGAGUAUACACAAUGCAUAUACAGUGUACAUUAGGAGAUCCAUAUUAUUUGUGUCUAUGUGUGUAUAUAUAUAUAUAUAGUGUAUUGUAUAAUGUAAUAAUAGUGUGUGUAUAUACUAUAUAUGUCCACAUACUACGUCUAGUAUAUAGUUACUUGUGCUGUACAGAAAAUGUGUAUAUACAAUGAAUAUGUAGAAUAUGCAUAUAUAUUCUAUAUAUUAAAGCUUGUGUGUAUGUAUGUAUUCUCUAAACAGAGGUGGAUACAGAAGUGGGAUUUUUACAGAAAAGCAGAUUAGAUCAUGGCUCUUAGAAUUUCAAAGUUCUGGUGAAAGAAAAAAAAAAAAAGGAGAAAUGACUACUUCUAAUAAAUUUGCUUCAAGAUUACUUUCAUUGGCAUGAAAACCUGCGUUCGGUAGCUGUGCCAAGUGCCAGAGAGAAUCCUGGCAGAAAGUAGGUGUCAUCUGCACUGGAUGUGAUCUCACAUUCUUUGGAGUUUUUAAAGAAAAAUGCCGGCUCGGUCUCUGAUCUCCUGGUGCGUGAUGGUCGUGUCAUCUUUCCUUUUUUCCUUAGGCUGAGGCAAUGAAUUUUCUUCUGCGUUUGCUUGUAGUUUCACUUCUCUCUCUCUCUUUCUUUUUUUUUUUUUUCCCCUUUUUUAAAAAUCGUUUUUAAGGAGCUAUUCCCUCACACCCCAAAGAGUCGCGCGCUAAGGUGGAAAACAUGUUUUUCUUGCUUCAUUCCAGUUAUAUGGGUUGCACAUAAUUGUCAUCUGGAUUUCAGCUCUGCUUUUCCUCCAUUCCCACCUAAGCUUUUCCUUCAGGAGGAAUGACUAUCCAUCGCAUUCUUGGCUGGGAGGAAAGAAUGGAGGUGAUCUUAACUUUUCUACUCGGGUAAAUUAUUAGACUCCGCGGUCCGUUGAGCAAUCGCAAAGAGUUGAGGAGGUUUUAUAGUGGCCCAUGUGUGUUUUAUACGGAGUCUCGUCACUGCUGGAAUGACUCAUGGAAAAGCAUGAAUUGCUCACAGCACCCAGGCACAACAGUUAAAACAGGAAAGAGGGACAAUUACUCACGUUGAGCCUCCGCACGCAAACUUUGCAUGUAGGGCACAGGUAUUGAAUUACCCGCAUCAUCCUUUACAGCCCGGCGCGUUCACCUUCGCCUCCGGUGCUUUCCCGAACUUACAGUCAAACAGGUUUGUUGUAAAACAUCCCACUCGUUCUGCAAUAAAAACACACGCUCAUAAAAGUAGUACUUCUGCCAUAAUGCUGUAUGAAAUAUUUUUAUAUUGGCACAUUUCUCCUUAUGAAAUCCCCGCCCUAUGAGGAUCAGCAGUCCUUAAUGUAUUUUCUUUCAUGUAACGUGCUCUCAAAGUGUAGGAAAUUCCAAGCUGUGGCUGACUCUAACCCUUUUUUUUUUUCCUUUUUUUUUUUUUUUUUUAAUUCCUGUCUGUAAAAUCUGUUGUCAGAAAUUUUGUAGCAAUUAUUUUGUCAUCUUACGCUCAAAGAUAAUGCACUUUUCUUGGAUUCUUCUUAUAAUCCUUUUGGGGUUACUAUUUCUUCUUUAGUGUUUCUCCAUUGAGAAGAGUAUUUAUUCUGUAGAACCGAGGCCCAAGGAAUUUUUGGUCCAGGUAGAAUUGUUGCUUUCCUUGUGCUAGAAGUUGAUUUUUUUUCCCUCCCUCUGCAUUUCAGUCCUCCCUCUCAGGAACUUCCUUUCUGUUUAACCCUCAUUUAGAGUUGGAACUCUCAAAGUGAAUUGAUCUGUCCUAAUAACGAGGUAGUUCAAUCAUCUUCCUACACCGCUGGAACAGCCGAGUUGUCGUCGUGUGUCAGUCGUUGCACCUCCCUGUUCACAACAAACAUCUUCUCUUAGGAAGGAGUUUUGCUUGGAGUACGGUGGAAUCAUAGAAGAUUUAUUUUUAGAGUAAAUAUGUUAACAUUAUUCAUUGACGCACCUGUUUUAUCAGUUGAUAUACUGCUCUUUUUACUUGAAAGUUUUAUAAAUAAAGGCUAAUUUGUUAUAAAACGCGAUUUUCAGUUGUCCAACUUCUGCCUUCCCCUUUCAGUUGAACUUUCAAAGGAAAACUCCUGGUGACUGUGGUUCCUUCUGCUGUUUCAGUUACAGAGUGCUCUUCUGGUGUCCCUUUUAAUACGACGUUCUUUAGUCUGACCUAAAAAUGGUGGAAAAUCAAAGUGGAAGCUGCAUUGUUGACCUAAAUUUGACUAAUAUCUCCAAAUAUGUACAUUAUUGUAGUUAUAUUUAUCUUUCAAAUAUCAUAACAAAUUGAAAGGUAUUUUAAUUUUAACCCAUCUCAUGUGUUUAUUGUUUAAUAUAAUAAGAGAAAUGUUAUUGUUUAAUAUAAUAAAUGAAAAGUUACUUUUUGGA